UGGACAAAUCGCUCACAUUUCCGUCACUCCUUCCCUAUCAUUAGCGGAUUAAAAACCGGCCCUUCCCUUCUUCCUCUUCCUUCCGAACAUGGAGUCUCUAUGAGAACCCAUUGAGACUGCGGAUUGAAUGUGGUAUUUUCUAUGGUUUGAGAGAUUGUUUCUCUCUCAGAAAGUGGGGAAUCAUGGCAACGGCGUUUUCGCUUGCACACUACACUCUCUUUUCCCUCAGAACAUCGUCGCUCUUUCUCCAUAGAAGAAGAAAUGCCUUUAAUCACUUCUCCGUGCCUUUCUCUAGCUCCUCAUCUCUCUCUACUACUGAUAAAAGAAAGUGCAGACGACUUGUCGUUUCUAUUCUCGAACUAGGUGGAGUCAAGAUUGCUAAAGAUGAUGUGGUUAGAGAUGAUCCCACCAACAAUGUUCCGGAUACAAUUUUUUCAAAACUUGGAAUGCAACUUCAUAGGAGGAAUCAACACCCAAUUGGGAUUUUGAAGAAUGCAAUAUAUGAGUAUUUUGACACCAAUUUCUCAACCAAGUUUGAUAAAUUUGAUGAACUCUGUCCACUAGUUUCUGUAAAACAGAAUUUUGAUGAUGUCUUGGUUCCUGCUGAUCAUGUAAGUAGGAGCUAUAAUGACACAUACUAUGUUGACUCUCAAACUGUCUUGAGGUGUCAUACGAGUGCGCAUCAGGCAGAGCUAUUAAGGGAGGGCCACACUCAUUUCCUAGUAACCGGAGAUGUCUACCGUAGAGAUUCUAUUGAUUCAACUCAUUACCCUGUUUUCCAUCAGAUGGAAGGUUUUCGUGUUUUCUCUCCAGAUGAAUGGGAGCCCUCUGGCUUGGAUGCCACAUCUUAUGCUGCUGAGGAUUUAAAGAAAUGUCUCGAGGGUUUGGCUAGGCAUUUAUUUGGUGCUGUGGAGAUGCGCUGGAUUGAUACUUAUUUUCCAUUCACCAAUCCUUCUUUUGAGUUAGAGAUAUAUUUUAAGGAGAACUGGUUAGAAGUCUUAGGUUGUGGUGUGACAGAGCAAGAAAUUUUAAGGAGAAAUGGCAGACCUGAUAAUGUCGCUUGGGCUUUUGGACUUGGAUUGGAGCGCCUGGCAAUGGUUCUGUUUGACAUACCUGAUAUACGGCUUUUCUGGUCAAAUGAUGAGCGCUUUAUUUCUCAGUUUUGUAGUGGCCAAUUGGGCAUCAAGUUUAAGCCAUUCUCAAAGUAUCCUCCCUGUUAUAAAGACAUGAGUUUUUGGAUCAAUGAAUCAUUCACUGAAAAUAAUUUAUGUGAAGUUAUCAGAGGAGUUGCUGGCGAUCUUGUCGAGGAGGUGAGCUUGAUAGAUAAUUUUACCAACAAGAAAGGAAUGACAAGUCACUGUUAUAGGAUAGCUUAUCGCUCUAUGGAACGUUCACUAACAGAUGAGGAAAUUAAUGAUUUGCAGUGGAAUGUGAGAGAACAAGUGCUGAACAAGCUAAAUGUUGUUUUAAGAUGAGACUUUCUUGGCAUCUCAAAAUGUGUGAAGUUCUUUGGUAAUACAGUUAGAGAUGACAAGCCUUUAUUUUGUAGCAAUUGUCAUUUUGUUUGAUAAAUCCAUGCUAUUAUUUUUGUUCUCUGUAAGGCAUCCUGAUAUAUUUUUAAAGGUU